GCAGAGCUCAGCCAAAAGGGGGCAGUGAAGCAAACAGUGCUGGGAAGCCUGCACUAGUCUCAGGCGUGAGCAAAGCAUCUGCCCUCUGAGUGACUCCCUAGCUGUGCCAUCACAGAAAUGCAGUAUGAGAAAUGUCAAUGCCUUGACAGCCAGAAUGCCAUCCUCUAUACUCUCCUGAGCCGAGACCAGCGGGAGAGCCGCAGCCCUUCCCAGCAGCGCUGUCUGUGCCAGAAACGCCGCACCGUCUGCCUCCAGACGCCUCAAGUCACCUGCCGAGCAGCCUCGGAUGUCUUGGUGAAGACGGUCAGCUUUGUGAAGAAUCUCCCUUCCUUCCAGCUGCUCCCAUGGGAAGAUCAGCUCCUGCUCCUGAGCAGCUGUUGGGCUCCCCUUUUCCUCCUUGGCCUCGUCCAAGAGAUGGUGACCUUUGAAGUCAUAGAGACCCCGGCUCCCAGCAUGCUCAAGAGGAUCCUUCUCGAUGGCCAGUGCAAAAGGCAGGAGCUGCAAAGAGCUCAGCCCACCCUGGCCAGUGUCCAACGUCUCCAGUGCAGCUUAAACAAGUUCUGGAGCCUUGACCUCAGCCCAAAGGAGUAUGCCUACCUGAAAGGGGCUAUGCUUUUCAACCCCAACGUGUCUGGCCUCAAGGCCUCUGCUUACAUCGACAGCCUCCAGCAUGAAGCCCAGCGAGCACUCCAAGAAGUCCUGGUGCUUUCCCAUCUGGAGGACAAAGGCCGCUUUGCUCGCGUCCUGCUGAUAGCGUCUACCCUGAAAUCUAUCCCCCCUUCACUCAUUACUGAUCUUUUCUUCCAGCCAGUGAUUGGCAACACAGACAUUCUGCAGCUGUUGACAGAAAUGCUGGUGAUGAAAUAGGUCUGUUGGCCAUGACACCUUGAGUGAGAUCAGCUUUGGGGCUUUCUACAUUGGGGCCUUGUGUUUUACACUGAAGCUAUGCAAUUUGGGGCAUGGAAUGGAACAGAAGAUCUUAAUCAUGGCUGUCUUGCACAAAGCAUCUAUUAACCCAGUCCUGUGCUCCUGCUAUGUUGCUAUAUUGAAAAAGUUAGGACAGGUAAUAACAGCUGUGUGACAGUGCCCUGGCAUGACUUAGAAUCCUGUGUCAGUGUCUAUCAGCAAGUUACUACCCUCAGAUGUGAAGUACAGGCACUUCACACUGAGCAAGGCAAGCUGGCAAGGCAAACAGCUAGGACACAUCUGUGUCUGUCUCUUCAUAUUUAAAUUUAACAGCUGUAGUUCCCUCCUCCCCCUCCAAAGAGAAUCCUGGAAAAUUGUAUUUCUGGUGAAGCUGUUGCAAAUUCCGUGAGAGAGCUUUCACCCCUCUUCACAAAACUGUGGUUGCUAGAAUUCUCUAGUGAAAGUGAUUCCCAUUUUACCAGCUUGACUCUGUGGUUUAGAUAUGUCUUCAACUCUCUCACACCUCAGGAAAUUUUUGGAAAAUGUAAAAGACAUUGGAAGUAGAUUUAACUAAAGAGUUCCUCAAGAAACUUCCUCUGGAUCCAAAUACUCAGUUCCUGCCAAAGUCAGUGAAAACAAAAGCAUUCAUUUUGAGCUGUGCUAUUGCUGCAUCACAUGCUGAAAGUGAUUGUAUUGUGUCUUAAGAAGGGAAAUCCACCAUAAAACAGCAAUUCUUGGAACUAUUUUGUUAGGCUUACUGGAACAAAAAAGUGCCCAUAAGGGUCUCCAGAACACCCUUCCCACCCAGCUGAGUCCUCAUACAUCCAUCUUUCAAGGAACAUGUAAGGAAAAUAAUCCAGAGUCCAAACUUGCCAAGGACGUCAAUGCACCUCUCUUACUCAGACUGAAUUCUAAGUCUGCAUGCAGAUAUCCCAAGAAAGAAAUCUUCAGCUUGAGUGUGCUCAAUCUGAAAUAAGUAUUCAACAAUUGCUUGAAAUGACAUUAUAAAUUGCUGGGGAAGGAAAUGCUGGUUCCUGUUAUCCCAUGUUCAUCACAGAAAGCAUUCUCUAACCUAGGCCUUUGUUUUCUCCAACUCCAAUGUAAAGAUGUGUGUUGCCGAGUGAGGGUGGUUUUGCCUCUACCCAGGGAACAGUGGUGGUGUUCACUGCACAAUCCUUUCUUUAUAGAUUUUGUGAGUUCUUUAUAGACUUUGUGAGUACUUUUCUGUGAUUUGUAUGUAGCAAUAAAUGUGCUUUAAGUUAUUAUUUUUUUAACAAAACAAAUAAAAUAUUUAGUUUGGAAAA